AUGCGAUGCGCGAACAAGGCCGCCGAAAGCGCGUCUGCACGUCUCUUUGCGGACGCCGAAGCAGAAACAACAGCAACUGAUGUCUCAUCGGUUGCUGAAGCGACCCAGCCUGUGUCACUUGGUGAUGCAGGCGCUGGUCAUGAAGACACUCGUGUCUUCACAGAGUACGAGCUCGGUGUCUCGUACUCUCCUGAUACGGAAAACGGAUCCGUAUCGACGGCGAUUGUAUCCAAGCCGCCUGCCAAGCGUGGCAUGGACGAUGCUUUGCGUCGCAGUAUCUUUGGUUUAUCUGAUGAAUCAGAUGAACUGAUGAAUCAGAUGAACCAUCGCCGAAGCGAAGGCGCUCGAGGUCGCGAGACUCGGGCGCUAACAGUGGAAGAGCGGGAUCGCAAUGUCUUGCGUCUCGCUCCAGAAAAGAAGGCAUGGAUGCCUCCAAAAUCUGUCAUGGAUCACUUGUCGGCGACGACGAGUGAUCGUUAUCGAACACGAUUGUUCGAUUCGUCAAGGAUCCAUCACCUUGACCCCAGCGCGAAAAACUAUCGCGCUGAACAUGAAUUCUUCAUCGAUGCUUUCUUUAGACAUCGAUGGUACAGUGGGAAUCACAAACGUGAUGGUCCCUCACUACUUCAGGCGUGGAACGCCUACAUCCAUAACCUUGAGGGUGUAGGUCGUGACGCUUGGAACGACAAACUUAUCAAAGCUCGUGAUAAGUUUGAAAAUCGAACCCCGACAGGUGCACGCUACAAGCUGCAUCGUCUGUCAAGGGAGAAAGGAUUACCCUGCCUCUCUUGGGGAGACUCGUGCCCAUGUUGUGUGAACAACUCUGCACGAGCACCUAAGGAGGCUUACCUCCUUACCAGCCCGUGGUGGCGCGUACGUGUCUCUACUGAGAUGUACGAAGGGAUUGACAAUCUAAAAUCCCUUUACGACCGUGCCGGGAAGACUUUCUCCGGCGGUCCUUCUGCGGCACAGGAUGUGCCGCGUCGUACUGCUCAACCAGACCCAGUACGUCGAUCAUCAGUUGGGAGCGGGGCUCCCAAGAAUCCCAGGACGGGGGAUAGCCGCGCCACCGGACGAGAUAACUCGUCCGACGUCCGUUCACGUCGCGGUGGUUCAACAGCUGCUCAACUAGAUAGCGCUGGCCACCGCGAGAGUCCUCUAAUGGAGAGCUUCUUUGAUCGCGUAACUCUUGCGUUACGCGACGAUCUCGAACACGAGCGGGGCAGGCGUCUACAAUUGGCGGACACUGUCUUGAAGCAUCGAGCUGAGUUUGCCUUUGCUCAGCUUGAGAACGAGAGAUCUCUGACAUCUCUUCGUGACGAGCUAAGGGUAGCUCGUGGGAUUGUUGAUCGGUCUCGGGCUGAGAUAACCGCUCUUCAGACCCUUGUUGAUGCCCACCAUCGGGAGCACAAGGCUCUCUGCGAGAUGCUUGAGCGCAAGGGCGUUCUUCAUCGGAAGAAGCAGCUUACUGAUGGCACGGCUUAA